AUGUCGUCUCCUCCGACGUCCAAACGAAUCAAAACAUCGGCCACAAGUAGUGCCCCGCCACACCUUCUGGCUCAACAGCAAAUCCAUCCUUUUCACCGCGUUCCAACCUUUGAGGGCAUCCCUAUCCCGACGGCGCCCAUCCCCCAACAGCAACAGCAAGCACAACAACAGCAGCCUCCGCCGCCACAACAACAGCAACAACAAUCCUCAACUUCCCGCAAGCGCCCCCCGUCCCCAGCGACUGGCUCCACCAUGAUGGCCACCCCGAUGAACCCUGCGGGUGGUACGAUCGAGGGCGAUCCUAAUGCCUUGGCACCGGCUGCAGAGCCCACCCCUAAAAAGAAGGGUCGUACUAACACGCCCUGGACAGCUGAGGAGGAACAGCGACUGAAGACCAUGCGCGACGCUGGUCGGAGUUGGAGCGAGAUUGCGAAGACCUUCCCUACGCGAACUGAAGGCAGUGUUAAGAAGCACUGGUACAAGGAUAUGCAUUAUGCGGAAUUCGCUGAGGAUGAGUCCAUAAAGCUUCGCGAUGCAAUUAAAGAAUACGAGGCCAAUAAGUGGAAGGUUAUUGGACAGAAGGUUGGCAAGCCUGCCAAGGCUUGCGAACAAUACGCCAAAGAGCACUUCAAGAACCUUUGA